GUCCCCCCUCUAGUCAACACGGUUUACAAUAUGUCGGGGCAUGAUAGACAUUUUUCUCCUUUACUUACAUCUUACAUAGCCAGAGUUCGAGCGAUGAUGUGGAGUCAACAGCAUCAAUCCUUGUUCCAAGAUCUCUACCGUCAUCCUUCUAACUACUUUCCAGCCCUCCCCUCCUCAUCCUCCUCAGCCACACCCCUUCAACAUUACCAGCAUAUUCCUGAAGAUCUCAACCAGUCCCUCCCUUCAACUCCGUCCAAGUCGGAGCCGACCUCUCACAGAGAAAUGUCUCCGCAGGAGAGCGAGGGCGGGGAGGAUAAACCGUUCAACUGUGCUUAUCCUAAAUGUGCUUACGUUACAAACCGGAGAAACAAUCUCAAGCGCCACAUCUUAACCAUGCAUGAGAGAUUGAGUUCUCCCCACUUUUGCUGUGGAAUCACAUUCUUCCGUAAGGCGGAUAUGCGGAUUCAUAAUAAAGAAUGUCACAAGAACGGGUAUGUUUGCUCCUGGCCGAAUUGCGGGAAACAUUUUCUCCGUAAAGCUUUGUUGGAUCGGCAUGUUAAGAUUCAUACCGGAGAGAAACCCUUCAUUUGCUCCGUGUGCAGUUAUGGUACCAGCCACAAAUCCAAUCUUGAUCGACAUAUCAAGAUACAUUUCAAGUCUACGUCUCCAAAUGCAUACAUGGAGAUGUACGAUGCGUACAAAACUAAUAUAUUGACGCAGAGCGGUUGGGGCGGAUAUCCGGUAUCUAAACUUCAACCUGAGCAUCUCUCAUACUGGCAGAAACAGGAUCCGGAGCUAGAUUUACCAAUGCCUGAUAGCACCACGGAGUCAAAACCAUCCCCGGUGGAUUCAAGCUUAGAUCCCAAUUGUCCCCCGUCCCCAAGGUUGCACUCUUUACUCCAGACUCCGGAGAAGAACGGAUUCCAAAUCCCAUUUCCGUCCUGUGAUCUCUCCUCAAUCUCUUCCAUCCUGCUGAGCCCUAUCAAAACGGAACGAGGACGGGAUUCUCUGGAUGCCUGGUGGGUUAAGGAGGAGGAAAUGAACGGAGCUAACUACUCCAGGUCUAUGCUGCAGAGGGAGCAGAACAAGGUUUCCCACACAAUCAGCAAUAUUCUUGGGAUCAUCUAAACCUUUGGAAAUUUAAAAGUUGUUCUUCCCAAUUUAUCAACAUUUAAAAAGGGCUUGUUAAUGAAUUUUAAAAGAGCUUGGUUCAUUCGGUAAUAUUUUUAUUUUGAUCCGAUAUAUUUUAAAUUAAACUUUCUGUAUCUGCAACCUAUUCCAAAACUGCCCGAGAAAUAGGGGGGGAAUUUUCUACGAGUGACCUAGCAAUGCAAACUUCACUGACUGCAGAACAAGGGAAGUAAAUCAAAAUGUAUAUUUAAUCAUGAAACUGUACGGUGCAAAGAUAUUAAAUUAUCUUGAAUUAAAUUUAACAUGUUUUGUAAGAGCUUUAAUAAAGUAUUAUUGUGUUUUGCGUAUA